AUGCCGCCCAGCUCUGUGAAGUCUCUUCAGUGGCCUCCUCGUGCUGUCCGGCUGUACAACAUGAGAAAUAUGGUGAUAACAACAGCUGAGGGAAACAGGAGAGUCGGGCUGAAAAAGGAUCCAGAGUUUCAUGUGACAGGACCGUCCCUUUGGGGUACCCAUUACAUCCAACCAAAACUUCUGCACACUUCCCCCCACCCCCGCACCCCCCCUCCUCUCCCCUCCCCGCCUCAUUUGGAAGUCAAUAAGAGAGACCCUCCAGAGACGCACAGCCACAUCAUCACAAGACCUCUCCGUUUGAUACCAAUCAGCGCCGUGAGCACCAGGGGAAUCAUGCCCGUGCCCAAGAAAGCAGGUAAGAACUUCUUCUUCAUGACCUUCACUCUGUCCCCCUCCUCUCUGUCCUUCUCCAGACAUGCUCUGUCCAUCUGCUGGUCUGAAGUCAGAAGAAAAAACGGCAGCGCUCCAGAAGAGAAGCUGCCGCCAUACGAGCCGAACAUCCCUGAACCCACCACCAGGGCCGACUUCAUGAAACACUGGCUUCCGAUCUCUCUGGAUGAUAAAACUGCACAGAAGCUGUUGUGGAUCUCAGAGGGCAGCUCUAAGGUCGCCCGUACAUCGGACGCCGUCUGUCCUUAUCCCAACAGACCCGAGAGAUACGACCACUCCCCACAGGUGCUGUGUAAGGAGGGUCUGAUGGGCUACCGGGGGUACUGGGAGGUGGACUACGACGGCUGGGUGGUGAUUGGGGUGGUGUUCGAGAGCGCCCCCAGGAAGGCCGGGGACGCGGGCCGCGGGCCAUGUGGCCUCGGGGAGAACAGCAGCUCCUGGGGCGUCGGCUGGUCUGGCUCCUGCUACCAGGUGUGGCACAACAGCGAGAACGUGGACGUGCAGAUGCCGCUGACCUCCACCAUGGGCGUGUACGUUGACCAGCCCGCCGGCAUCAUCAAGUUCCUCCUGGUGGAGGGAGAAGCCGAGAAGGAGGUGCGUCUGAUCCACAAGUUCAAAGCCAACAUCACAGAGAAGAUCUUCCCCGGGUUCUGGGUCGGAACAAACUCCUUCUGCCUUAUCCGGAAAAAGGAUCAGUGA